CCGUCUUCCGCUCCGCUAAAUCUCAGCUAACCUCAGCUAACCUCAAUCUUCAAUGUACCAGUCCCAGGAGGCUCAAGAACUACGUAUCGCACUCGUCCAAUUCUCUCCAAAAGUUGGCCAGGUCGAGGCCAAUGCACGGAGAGCAAAGGAACUGUGCUCUACUAUCGAGCCGGGAACGAUCGAUUUAUUAUGUUUUCCGGAGAUGAUACUGUCAGGCUAUGUAUUCGAAGACUCCAACGAGAUAUCCCCGUUCCUCGAACUCCCGCAGGUAGGCCCGACGUCGCAGAUGUGCGCAAGCCUUGCCCGGGGACUAGGAUGCUAUGUCUUGGCUGGCUAUCCGGAACAGCUCUCAGAUCGUGAAAUUUCGAGCCAAUCUGCGGAGAAUACAGGUAUUUCUGAUGUAACAGAUGCGAUAUCGACUCCAGGUUCGUCGAUUGUCGGUGCCAACAGUGCAGUACUCUGUGGACCCAACGGAUAUUUCAUUGGUAACUAUCGCAAAACAAACUUGUUCGCUACCGAUAGGACUUGGGCAAAGGCAGGCUCCGGUUUCGCCUCAUUCGUCCUCCCACCCCCUAUAGGCAGACUGACACUUGGGAUCUGCAUGGACCUCAAUGCGCAGCCUCCAGCUGAUUGGAAGACCAGGGGACCGCCAUACGAAGUUGCGGAGUAUGCACUGAAGGAGGAUGUGGAUGUGGUAGUGAUGUUGAAUGCGUGGUUGGAUUCCCGGGUCAAACAUUAUGAGUCAAAGCUCUCGGACGAUGGAGAAGUGAUGAAGAAGAUGAAGGCGGACUGGGGAAAGGAGGAGGAAAAUGAAAAGGACUUUGGCGAUAUAUUUGAUUGGACCACAGUUGAAUUCUGGGCUACCAGAUUAAAACCACUAUGGGUUCAGGGCGGGGCAUCAUCAUCAUUGCGGCAACAUGAUACUAUUCAGGCGCGUCUUUCCGGUAGCAAUAGCAGUGCUAAAGAACAAAAAGAAUCCAAGGACGAGGAAGAAGUGCAAGGAGGAGUUUGCGCGUCCGAUAGAAGAACCAUCGUAGUCAUCUGCAAUCGAACAGGCGAGGAGAAAGGUCAAACAUUCGCGGGCUCAUCUGCAAUAUUUAACAUGUGUCAUAGUUCGGGGAUGCCUAGAAUUGUAGGGAUAAUGGGCAGGAGAGAGGAGGGAGUGCGGAGUUUUGGAGUACCGCUCACACUGAGAGGAUAUAAAACUGGUCCUAUUCGAGUCCAGUGAUUUCAACUAAGCUGUCGAGAUAAAAUCCUCAUUCACGGGUGGCAAUAGCAGCUGAUAAACUUAUAGAUGAAUACUCAGAUAGUCUGGUCUAAAUAGUACUACGUGAAGAGUUGCUUUAUUUGGCCUCUUAUUGCCUUCUGUUUCAAGCGCUUGUACUUUUGGG